AUGGUUGAAGGGGGUGGUUUGACCAGGAAGGGGUGGUUAAAAAGAAGGGUCGAUGAGGAGUGGAGAGAAGAGGGUGCUGUAGCCAGAUGGCAUGAGAAGGAGGAGCUCUUAGCUGAAGGCGGGGAAGUAACAGUCUGGAAGCAAACAGGGAAAACUAGAGCACAGACCCCACCUCCCAGCCUUAGAGUGCCUAUGGUGUGGGAGUGUGAGCAGUGUCCACUAGGGGGCCGUGCAGGCAAAGCCGUGAGCUCCUUUGGUGGAGACUCAGGUUUCAGCGCUUCCAGGCAUGGAGGAAGAAAACCGUUUUCUGUAAAGUUUAUUUUCAGUGGAAUUGUUUCCUUUGAGGGAAAGGGGGCGUCCAAAGGGUACAGAGAAGAGUGGGAGAGGGCACUAGUAGGGAGAUAG